AAUGAAGAGCUUCGAAACUUGUCCCUCUCUGGCCAUGUUGGAUUUGACAGUCUUCCUGACCAGCUGGUCAACAAGUCGACCUCUCAAGGGUUCUGUUUCAACAUCCUGUGUGUUGGUGAGACGGGCAUCGGAAAAUCCACGUUAAUGGACACUUUAUUCAAUACCAAAUUUGAAAGCGACCCAGCUACUCACAAUGAACCAGGCGUCCGGUUAAAAGCCAGAAGUUACGAGCUUCAGGAAAGCAACGUCCGGCUGAAGUUAACCAUCGUGGACACCGUGGGAUUUGGAGACCAGAUCAAUAAAGAUGACAGCUACAAGCCGAUAGUGGAAUAUAUCGAUGCCCAGUUUGAGGCCUACUUGCAAGAGGAAUUGAAGAUCAAACGUUCUCUCUUCAACUACCACGACACCAGGAUCCACGCGUGCCUCUACUUCAUUGCCCCUACUGGACACUCACUGAAGUCCCUGGACCUGGUCACCAUGAAGAAGCUGGACAGUAAGGUGAACAUCAUUCCAAUAAUUGCAAAAGCUGACACCAUCGCCAAGAACGAGUUGCACAAAUUCAAGAGUAAGAUCAUGAGCGAACUCGUCAGCAAUGGAGUCCAGAUAUAUCAGUUCCCCACAGAUGAAGAAACGGUGGCAGAGAUUAAUGCAACAAUGAGCGUCCACCUGCCGUUUGCGGUGGUCGGCAGCACCGAAGAGGUGAAGAUCGGCAACAAGACAGCCAAGGCCAGGCAGUACCCGUGGGGAGUGGUGCAGGUUGAGAACGAAAACCACUGUGAUUUUGUGAAGCUCCGGGAGAUGCUGAUCCGCGUGAACAUGGAGGACUUGCGGGAACAGACUCACACCCGCCACUACGAGUUGUACCGACGCUGUAAGCUUGAGGAGAUGGGGUUCAAGGACACCGACCCUGACAGCAAGCCCUUCAGUCUUCAGGAGACGUACGAAGCCAAAAGGAAUGAGUUUUUGGGAGAACUUCAGAAGAAAGAAGAAGAGAUGAGACAGAUGUUUGUAAUGAGAGUGAAGGAGAAAGAAGCUGAACUUAAAGAGGCUGAGAAGGAGCUCCACGAGAAGUUCGACCUCCUGAAGCGGACGCACCAGGAAGAGAAGAAGAAGGUGGAGGACAAGAAGAAGGAGCUGGAGGAGGAGGUGAGCAGCUUCCAGAAGAAGAAGGCGGCGGCCCAGCUGCUGCAGACGCAGGCCCAGCAGGCGGGCGCCCAGCCUAAGAAGGACAAAGACAAGAAAAAUGCAAGCUUCACAUAAAGCCUGGCAAGCCAAGGAUGGUCCCGCAUUCACCUGCUUUUGCAGUAAUAUUGUAUCUCUGCCAUCUGUGUCUUUUUUUUUUUUUUUUUACCUUUCCCCAGACACCAAUAACUCUUAACUCAUUUUGCUAAACGUUGUUGGGUGCUGGAAAGUGAUAGAACACGGGCAUAACAGCAAAAGCUCUGUGCAGCUGGACUUUGUCUCUGGAAAGUAAAUGAGUUGCCUUUCGUGCCUGUUCUGAGUGGCGGCAGGGAGCAUGCCUGCUGCUUGUAUGUUGCUUUGGACUGAGGGAAGGAGGGUAACUUGCUACAUGUUCGUCUGACAGGAAAACUCACCGCCUCAGCAGCCGAACCAUACACCUGAAUAUCCAUGACAGCUCACUUUCCUUAAUUAUUCAUCUCCAUGAUGGCAAAGGCCCUGAACUCACUCUGUCUCUUCUCCGCACCUGCCCCAAACCCAAGGUAGUUUUGCACGUAGACAGACCAGGGGGUAAGCUGUAUAUGACUUUGAAACGUGCAUGAAUCGCUCAUUAUAACAACAGUAUUUGGUCUGGGUUGUGGGUCUGUUCAGACUGACUGUCUCUGCUCAUGGCUUUAAAAAUCUCUCAAAUUCUGGCCAAGUUGAACUGUAAUAAAACGAUGCUAUCUGCGAGAGUAUCAAGGUUGCACUGAGAAAAGCAAACAUAAUCAUAGUUUCACAAUCAGUGUCUCAAAAGUCGGACAAUGCAACAUUGCUUCAUAGGAGCACCUGCUAAGGGUAGCUGCUUAGAAUUAGCAGCCUUUCCUAAACACACCCGCAUCCGCUCUCAGUGGGCUGGGAUAUCGGUACUUCCAAUAAUCAUGAGAAGAGAUUUUUCAGAAAUCCUUCAAAUAAGACGUGAUAUAAAUUGUGUAUCAUCUGCAGCAGCACCUUGAGGGUGUCCUGUCAAUUUCAGGUGACCUGGGAGGGAGCAUAACACAAAGACAGUGGAAAUUCAGCUGCACGUCAAGCCUCCUUGCAUAGUGUCCUUUCGAUAUUUGGGAAUAAAGGGAAGAAAAAAUACAGCAGCUGGUCUUUCGAAUCUAGUUGUCUUGAAGGAAUUUCUUCACCUUUCCCCUCACAACUAGGUCACCUCCCUCUUUAUGUCCAUGGCCCGUCACCCCAUCAGUGAAGAUUAGGACUAACCCAUAUGCCAGGACACAGACCGCACCCGCAUUUGUAUGGAAAAGGGCACGUGUAAUCUCUUUUCCAGGCUGUUCCUCUGUAAGGCUUAUCCUUUCAUCUUUUUUCCUCUCUGAUAACAAGAUCCUCCCAGCCUUCCCUCUAACUCUGUAGUCUCCUGUUUCUUACAUGAAAGAAUAACAUUUCUCACAAACCUGAGACUUUAUUUACUUCUGCAUCUUCCCUCUGGAAUUACUAGUCAUACGUAAGGUAAAUAGGAUAGAGUGCCCUGUACCUCCCGACAUACACAUUUUUAAAAUGAGUAAGUCUGUAGCUGAUUCCGAUAGAUUGCUUUUCCCUUCUUGGGCCUGAGCCGUACUCUUAGGGGACAGUGCUCUGCCGUCAGCGGAUGUGGCUUCAUUAGGCAGAGGAAGAAAUCCGCCUCCUUGAAGCCCAAACGAAGCUGGGACAGAAACUGCAAACUGGGAGCGGCCAGAGUGGUGCAGAGACAGGUCUGAGAGGCACUGGGCCCGGGUUGCGUCCCUGCUGUUUUUAACGCUUGAGUGCGCUGCCCGGCGCGGGGCCCGCGGUCGCCGCAUGCUUCCUCUGCGGCCCGGCCGGCUCGCGCGUGCGGUGUUGCAUGCCUGUGUGAGCGUCUGUCUGUGUAACGGAAAAUGCACUCGAAAUUCUAAAAAUGCAUCACUUUACAGUCACUUUCAGUGCAUCACUAAAGCCUCUUUAAAUGAGCCUCGCCGUGGAAGGCAUCCAGCUGACUUUGAUUCCAAGAUUAGUGAUUGAUUUUUUCCCCCAUUAGAUUUUUCACAGUAAAAUAUAUCAUGUGGAGAGUCAGAGAAUAAAAAGUGCAAAGAAAUAUGUAGACUAUAGCAGCUUUUUUUUUAAUGCGUUGCUUCUGAACCUCUUCCUGCCCCUGCUCCCUGGCCCUGUUUCGUUCGUUAUUGCUCUCCUUCUUUCUGUAUCUGUGCCUUUUUCCACAGUAGUCCUUGGCUCUGCACGGAGUAAAUGAUUCCCUCCAAUCUAAUUGGAUGUGCUUUCGCCUUUGCAUGUAAGUACGGUAGGAAGAAAUUUUUGAGAUUUUUCUGACUAGAGAAACAUGGGAUAAAUGGAUUUUUUUUUUUUCUUUUUGGAGGGGGGUAGGGAGGUAAUGGUUUGAGUAGCUUUUGGUUUAAAAAAAACCCCAAAAUAUAUUUAAAAUGGCCACUUUUAUAUCUUUUUCACAAGAAACACAUAAAUUCAGUUUUUCUUUGAUAUCAAUAUGGAAGUCAGAAAUGACGAGCCCCAGUCUGUGUUUGCACAGCGUGGUGGGUGUCAUCGGAUGUUACGGAGGGCUCUGGGUUUGAUGUGAAUGUAGAACGAGAAACUACUACCGUCCACUGGAGAAAAUCAAGAGGAAUCGUUGUUUAUGCUACGCUGCCUCUGUGACUGCUUAAUUUUUUGUGAUCUUGCUUUAAUGGCUUUGCCCCUGUGCUAACUGCUGGCAGUGAUCACCUCUUUCUUUAAGCCAGACAGCUCUAACUCCCCUCCCCACAUCUUUUGUUCAACCGCAAUGGCCUACUUUUUGCUUCUUCUGGACUUUAGCUACCCGUCAUAGUUGUACAUGCAGUGGAAUGUGACGGAAAGACAUUUAUGAGAAUUUAUUGGAAGUUCAGAGACGAUGUUUUCCAGCUUAGGCUUUUUAUUAAUUGGUCAAGGUUUUGUCUAGAAGGGGCAUCUCAAACGGGGGCAUGUUUAACGUAAAGCUGGGCACAGGUUACUUUAAUCUUCCUCCUCUGCUUUGCAGUCUCACCAGCAAUAAAAAUAACUUAUCCUUCAUAUCAUGUCAAACAAAUAGACUUGGUUUCCUCACUUUCUUGACAUAUCCAUGUGUUUCACAUACAAACAGCUUAAUCAGGUUUUUCAGCUGUUGCCAACCCAUGUCAUACCGUCUCUGUGUGGUCCUACCAACACUGUCCAUUCAGACCCCUUUGCUUUUCCAUUUGCAAAUGUUUGAAAUUGUCAAGUCUCAGCUUCCAGAAGUCUUGGUUCCAUUGACAGAAUACGUAUAUAUGACUCCUGAGUGGAAAUUAUGACCUACAAAGUCUAGACUGUAUGUAGGUAUGAAGGGAAUUUUUUAAAUAAAUUGAAAAUUAAGCUGUGAACAGCAUUAGAACUUUGUCUAUUUCUUAAUUUUUAAAUAUGCUGAUAUGCCUUAAACUAUAGUUGUAGAUCAUUGUCAUUUUGCUGUUUGAAAAUAACCAAUGUGUUUCUAAAACUGUUGUGUAAUCUACUUUCGGUGUUAAUGCAAAAUUGUCAUAUAUGUAAGCUGCAUGUUAGACUUGUCUUUUUUUAAAAACUAAAAUAACUGUAUUGAUGUGAAGCAUAUCAUUUUCUCAAGUAUGAAGGUAAUCACUUAGCAGACGUGCUCAGUCACGUGGUGCCUGUCACGGUAGGAGAGGGCUGGACAGGUAACCUAUGCGUAUAUCACUAGUGCCAAGACAUUAAGUGGGGGAAAUAUAUUUUUACCCAAA